AUGUCGGACAAACCAUCUCAGAGUCUUGCUGUUGUUUCCUCUGGCAGUGCCUCGGUCAAAGCCUUGGAUCAACCAUUGGAUGGGCUUACAGAAACCCGAGCGGAUGGUGGAGAAACCACCAUAGAUAAAAAAGCUUCUACUCAGCUAACUGGUGGUCCUAAGAGACUGAGACUGCCCUUGGCCGUGCUUCAAGCUAAAGCCGAACAUCAGUUGAGUGGCUGGAAUGAUUCGCCCUGGGAAUACUACAAGCGUAUAUUCAGCUGUGACCUCGCCGGCGACGUUUCUAUAGCUACCUUGCGUACCUAUCCGUCGGAGUUAAGGGCCAUACGGACACUUAAGAAGGAAGAUUCCGAAGAUAUAUUAGAGAAGUUCCGUACAAUUCGACAUGAGAAUAUCUUGCUCGUCCGAGAGUACUUCACAUACGAAGAUUCUGUAUACAUGGUGUUUGACGAUCUCCCUGUGACUCUCGACCACUUGGUCGCUUGUGAUUAUUAUCCACAGGACACUCAAGUCUUAUCCGCACUUGCACAGAUUCUCAGCGGUCUAUCAUUUCUCCAUGCAUGUGGGUAUGACCACCAGGCGGUCAUUUGCUCCAACAUCCUGCUGGGAAUGGACGGCACGGUUCAGAUCGCGGCAUUAGACUGCUGUGUGAAGGGUUCUCCAGACCAGUCCAAGUCAAUCGAUGCCGUCGCAUCAAUAGCCACAUUGCUCAUGCAAAAAUAUACCAAGUCCAACGGUGCCAAAGGAAUCGAUAAUGUAGACCGCUGGUCUAUGGACUCCCUGGCUUUCCAAUUUCUCCUAAGGACAGAUACAGCUGAAUCGGUCGAUGAAUUAAAAGAAUACAUCCUCAAGAUCGCGAAAUUCUCAAAAGAUCAUUUAGCCGGAUUGGCUCGAUUCGCACUUAUUUCUGCACGUACGUUCUAUUCUAUUAGUUCUUAG